GGGCGCGGGGCGCGGGCGGGAGCCGGCGGGGCGCCCGGGCUGCCCUCCCCGCCGCGCACACGCGCGCACACCGCCGGCUCUCGGUGCAUCGCUGCCGCCUCUUCCCUCCCCUCCGCCCUCCUCGCCUUUCCCCCGGUGCGUGACAAGAGGCGCAGAAAUGUGGGUCCGCGCGAGCGCUGCGCCCCCUCCUCCCCCGGCGGGGAGGCGGCGGGCGCUGAGUGCCGAGUGUUUACACUGCGUGCGGCGGCCGGGGGCCGGAUCCGCACUCCGGGUCUCGGGCAGCGGGGAGCGAGCGCCGGCGAACAGCGCUUUGGCCCUGCAGGAUGGGCCAGGUGGCCGCGCCAUGUCCUCCGUGAACUGGUUCACAGGGCUGCGCUCAGAGGUCGGCCGCUGGUGGGACUGCAGACAGCCCCCUGCGUCUCCCAAGUGCCCUUUCUGGAAAUGGCUUUAAGAGGAGUGAGGAAGUGUCAGCUCUCUGUGGUCUGCCUCUCCUCCUCGCUUCUCGCCUGCGCUCUCCUCUGCCCCUUCCGGAGGUGCCGUGGGCUGAAGAGUGGCGCCUGGGGCCAAAUAAUCUUUCUCAUUGAAGUGACCAUGUGGUUCUGCUGUGAGUGCAGGUCGUGACUCCUUAGAGUUUAAGCCUCAGAGUCUGGGGACAGGGCAAUAUCCUCAGGUGCAAUGCUUUGACGGAAACGUGGAUCCAUGGAAGUAGGAAAUGUGUGUUUGUUGCCCAACGUAAAAUAUCCCACUCAGUAGCGUGAAUUUCUUAUGAACCACAGCUGAACUCAGCAACACAAACAUUUAGAAAUGCUCUAUGCUGAGUUGCAGUAUUGCGUUUUAAAUGCACGUAUCUUUAAAACGAAAACUGUUUUUGAUGAACGAGUGGGGUGGGGAGACAGCAGUGACAGAAUCUGCAUUCUCAAAAGCUCUUGGGGACUUAAGGUAAUAUAAAUAAGUAGUGGCCAAAUUUACAAGGUUUUAAAUUGUUUUGGUUUUCUACAUGCUUUGAACUGUCUGCAUGAAAUAACGGAGCUGCCUCCUAGAAAGGGAUGCACUUACCUCUAGCGAUGUAUUAUUGCCCUAUGGGAUUUUAGAAGGCAUUUCCCACUUGAUGCUUCUUGCCCUAAUCACUAUUCCUCUUAUUACUACUGUUUCUGUGGACUACCCAGAUAAUAACACUUUCCCAAACACAAGCACUCAUUUUCAAGCAGUUAUCUUUUACUGUGAAUUCUCUUUGUUAAAAAUUUCAGCGGUGUUAGUGAGAUUUGACAGAGCAUUCCUUUUUAAAAAUAACGAAAACGAUUUUGAUGAUAGGGACCCUUGUAAGAUGGGGAAUUUGAGUGCUGUUAAUUUGUUGAAAGGAGAACACCUGAAAUUUUGGAGGCUGGAAAAUAGAGGCAGUAGAGUUCUGAAGGAUAGAUUUUCUGCCCUUUUAUGUGUUUAUCGGUGCUGUCUUUGUUUCUAAUUGGAAUUUCAGUGUAAUAUACUAUUUGUUCUCACUUCAGGUACAGAGAAAUAAGAAGGUAGUGACGUUGAUAUAGCUCUGUUUAGCCAGAUUUCCAAAUCGUAAAGUGACACGUUGAUAGGAUAUACUGUGUCAUCUGUGUAUUAAAGUUUGUAUGGUUUGGAUUACUUUUCUACACAUAGUUUUUUUGUUUUUUUGUUUUUUUUUCCCCCCUACACAAGUCAUUAAAUAUGUAUCCCUGAGUGAUUUUCAAGCUGUUUCAUAGAAAACUUUUGUUUGUGGAAAUGGGUGAAGAUCUACUGUGAUCUAGCAGUAAUUCUAUAAUGUGAGAAAACAUUCUUCAAGAAAUAAUGAUGAUGAGGUACUUUUGUGUUUCUUAAUAUAAAAAAAAAAAAGACACAGGGACUAUUCUGUGAUAAAUAUUUCUUUCUUCCCUCCUGGACAUCUUACAAUUGAUUACCAGCUCCCUUAAAAAAAAAAAAAAACUUUUAAAAAAUAUACUUUGAAAUGUAUAAUGUAAAUGAAUAUGAAAUACUUUUUUGUACAUACAUUGAAAGAUAAGAAACUUAAUACAAAGGAACUGAAACUUUUAAAGGUGUAUCAAAUUGAGUUUGCUGUAAAUAUAGUUCAGUUACAAACAAAACUUUUGUGUUUCUUCAACAGGUGAAAAAUUUGAAGUCACUGGCAAACAUUUAGAGUUUAUAGCUUUCAGAAAUUAAGCCAGCAUUUUUAACAUAUUAGAAACUCCCAGUAAAAUGAGUAUUAAUCAUAAACAAAAAGUGUACAAUAUCUGCUUCCAAAUUCUCUCCCCAAAGAAAACUAGUCCAGUGUUCCUAGUAAAAUAAAUUUGAAAAUAAUUAACAUAAAAGGUCAAUCUGGCUUAGUAAUAAAAGUCUGAGUGCUAGAAUUUUUAAUGAAGACCGUUUUAUCGUUUGAAAGUAUAAACUAUGUUUAUAUGUUUAUGAAUUAUAUAAAUUAAUGAAAAAUAGUAACACAUGAUAAAUCUAUGUUAUAUAAAGUACCAGAAACUUAAGUCUUUCAUAUAUAAUAGGUAAUUUUGGAAGUCCUUAAUUCUUUAUCUUGGUUUGGAGAAAAGCUGUUUUUAAACUGAGUUUACUUUUUAUAAAUGAGUCCUGAAAAGUAGAAUUUUCUCCCAAAUAAUGAGGCCAUUUCAUAUUUGUAUUAUAAAUUCUGAACUGAUUGAUUUUUCACAUUUUUACUAGUUCAGUUUUUCUAUUGCAUAAAAGGUGUUUUUCUGCUUUAGAAAACAGUCCAGUUGACUUCUGAUUGUCGUGCGUUUUGAGGGCAUAUCUUGAGUAAUUUAAGAAAUAAAUUAACUAUCUUAGGUUUAAAAGCUCUUGUAUCUUGUGUUGCUGAAAUUUGAAAAGGUAUUUAAAAAAAAAGUGGCAUAGUCAAAUUUGAAUGGUAAAUCCUGACUGAUUUAAUCCCUGAGGAUGUUGAUUCCUGAGAGAAUCACUUAAAUUUUCAUGUGAGUGAGUGAUGGAAUUAUUUUUACAAAAACCAAAAAACCUGCUUUUCUUCACUCAUUGAAAAAAUGUCUUGAGCACUGUUUUGAUGUCACAGUGUAUUGAGCAAUGUUAACAGCAACGUUUUGGUAAUAUGUUUUAAUGGAGAGAAGCAAUAAAGUACAGGGCAGUGUUUUUUCACUUGGAUUUGAAUACGGGUGUAACUGCUCUGGGAAUUCACUUCAAAUGAAAUCCUAAGGCUUCAUUGUGAGGACCUGACUCAGGUGGAUCUGAGUUUCCAUAUCCCAACUCUUGCUUAGUUGCUUGACAUAACUCCAUGUUGAGCUUAGAAAGCUCUCUCAGUUUUCUCAGCACCAAGUUAAACAGAAUUAUCCUCUCAAAAAGCUUCCCUGCUGAGAUGCAGAGUAGGAGUAAAUAGAAGAGUGUGAGUGAGAUGUUCACAUAGCAAGUAAUUAAACAAAGUAGGCCAAACAGACUAUAGAGGGAGCUGCUUGUCUUUAAGAUUACUGUACAGAACUCUGCCACUCCCCCCCACCCCAGUCUUCCUCCAGAUAAUGAAAAUUUUAGUAGAUUGUUCUGGAUGCUAGCUGUUAAACAUGAAAUCAAGUUCUUCAACAUAAGAAAUUGGUUAUUCUGAAAUGCUAUAUAUAAGUUUAUGUCAUUGCUUAAUACCUUCACUUUUUUUGUGAAGUGGCAGAUCAAGUUUGAGAUGAGUACUGUUUUGAAAACUAUAGCAUUUAUCGACAACUCAAAUUACAGAUAAUUUCUCUAAUAGUCUUGUUUGUUCACAGCCUUUAAAAAUUUUUUUUUCACUUAAACCAUCUAAAAAAAUUUAAGAUCACAUAAUGCCGAUUUGGUAUAAUUAUUAGAAAGGUUUUUUUCAGGAGCACUGCUGAGAUUUAGUGAUUUUCCACAAACAAAAUUAGUCACUCUAUUUAAGUAGGCAUUUGAAGCCCUGAGUACCAAAGUUUAUUAGCUUUAAAAUCACAAUCAGUAAAUUAGAGGCUAAAGCAGGGAGGUCCCUCUUAAAUCUGGACACAGUAGAAUCUGGUAAUACUCGGUUCAUUCAGUGAACACUUAAUGAGAACUUACCAUGUAUAUUGAACUAUUUUUGGUGUGGUCAUUUUAAACAACUUUUAUCCUUUAGACUCUCACAAUAUAGUAGAAAUGAUAGACAUGUAAGCAUAAGUCAAAUGUAGUUUGAUUAUGACAGAUGUGUAUAAGAAAGCAAGGACUCAAAGGAGAACAUGUUAGUGACCAACUAGCAGGCAAAAAGGGGAGUCAGGGAAGGCUUCAUGAAGGAAGUAUGGAUUAAGUCAUUUUAAAGGAAUUUCAAAAGAAUUUUAAAAUUCUGAUAGAGGAACAGAUAAAAGGUAAUUCACGAAUGAGUAAACUGCUCUUGGCAGGGCAGCUUGGCAAUGCAUAUCAUAAUCCUUGAAAUGUUGUUUUUUGACCCAAUAAUUCUAGCUUUAGGGAUUUUAAUCUAUGAAUGUAAAUCUUUUGGCAAAAUCUGAUUAUCUUUUGAAUCCAUCUACUUCUUUUCAUUAUCCAUCACCACCUUAGUCUAAACUACUAGCAUUUUUGGAUGCAUUUACAACAGUAGCCUCCUAAUCUUGGCCUACACCCAGUCCACUCUGUUCCCUUCUAAUCUGUUUUCUACACUGUAAUCAGAGGGAUCUUUUCGAAAUGCAAACCUGAUUAUAUCACCCUACUACUUGAUAUGCUUCAGUAGCUUUCCAUUGCAUUUAGGGUAAGGACAAAGCUACAUGUCUUAUGUGGUGGCGUCUACAUGUCUUACAAGGUCUUGCAUAGUCUGGCCCCUACCUUUCUAUCCAGCCAUGGCUUGAGCCAUGUUCUUCUUGCCUUGCUCUUUGUGUUCCAGCCAUAUUGGCCUUAUUUCAGUCCCUUAUUCUUGCCAUGCUCCCUUCCACAAUGAGGCCUUUGUACCUGCUGUUCCCUCUGCCUAGAAUGUUUUUCCUUUUCCUUCACCUAAACUCUGAUUUACCUUUCCUCAGGGAAGCCUUCCCUAUCAUAGACUCUCAGAAUUCCAUAAACUCUCCUUCAUAACACUUGCUAUAGUUGUAAUUUUAUAUAUGUUGGAGAUUAAUGUCUGUUUUCCCCAGUAACCUCCAUAAAUGCUGGUAAUGUGUUCAUUUUUUGCACACUGUUAUACAAUCAGUACUUACCACAGUGCUUGAAACUCAAGCAUUUUUGCAAGAAUUAAUCAAUAGAUGAUAGUUAUCACAGGGCACAACCUCAAAUAUUCAACAAUUGGGAAAUGGUUAUAUAAAUUGGGCACAUUCAUAUAGUAGAACUUAUGUCAUUAAAAUGAUAUUUUAGAAGAAUAUAGAGUAAUAUGGGACAAUGCUGUUAGUAUAUUAUGUGAAAAAAUCAGCUUGCAAAAUAGUCAUUUAUUAAAAUCCAGAAAAAAAUACACCAAAAUAUAAAGGUUGGUUAUCUCUGGGAGAUGUGUUUUGAAUUUUUUAGAUUGUCUACAGAGACUAUGUAUUGAUUUUAUAAUUUGGGGAAAAAACUAUGUACAAACUUAAGGAAAAACUGGCUUUUUAGGUAUGGUACAUAAAUAUAGCAAGAAAGACUUGAAGUUGAUAUUGGGCUCCAAAAAAAGUAUCAACCACAAUGCAUGAUUGAUUGCAUAAUGAUAGUAUGGAACUUUAUUCUAUAAAUUCAGUUUAGGAACUGCAAAAUGAUUCUUACAUUAAAAUAGCCAACAAAUUCUGGCUUUUUAAUUUUACCAUUUAUAUGUAAAUUGAUUUUAAUUUUAAAAUGUUUUGAAAAGUAAUGCAGUUUUGGCACAUGGCAGCAGUGAAACAGAGUGGAGGCCAGAAACUGACUUAAACAUAAAUAAGAACUUACAGUAUCAAAAUGUAUGCUACCCUUACCUAUUAGUAUGGAAAAGAGUUAUUUAAUAAACAGUGUUGAGAUAGCCAGUUAAUCAUCUAGAAAAAUAGAAAGUUGGCUUCCAGGUGAGACAGAAGAUUUAAAUGUAAAAACGAAACAAAACAACAUAGGAUAAUUAUUUGUAAUGUAAUCUAGGCAUGGUGAAGACCUUUCAAAGUAUAAAACAGAACUGAAGCCAGAUUGCUCACUUUUACAACAUAAAUGAAAUUCUAUACAGAGAAAAAAAAAUCAUAAAGUUAAAGAGAAACAGAUUAGUAAUAACUUAUUUGUAUACUUUUCACAAAGGAGUCCUUUCCUCUUGAUACAUAAACAGCUUCUAGAAGAUAACUCAGUAGAAAAAAUGAGCAAAGAGAAUUCAUAUGAAAAGAUGUGCAAUUUUAUUUAUAAAGAAGAUAUAAGUUAAAACUACAACAUACUAUUUAUCACCUAUCAAAUUAGGAAUAAUUGAUUACAUAAUAUAACUUGGGGAGGUUGAGAGGAAGGGGAAAUGGGCAUUCUCAUAUUGCUGGUGGGGAUAUAAAAUGUUCAUUUUCUAUGGAAAGCAAUAUGGAAAUCAUUUUAAUACAAGUAUAUUUUGAUUUAGCAAUUUCAUUUAAGUAUUUCAUCCUCAAAUAUUUUACAUAUGUGUUAAAUGAACAUAUAAAAAUAUUUGUGGCAGCAUUGUUUGUCAUUGCAAAAAAUUGGAAACAACUUACACAUAAGUCAGUAGGGGAGUGGUUAAGUAAAUAAUGGUGUAUCUUUUCAAUGGAAUACUAGGCAGCCUUUAAUGUAAUGAGGCAAUACUAUGUAUUCGGCUAUGGUGCCAUGUCUAAGUUAUAUUAAGAGGAAAAAAAGCAAGACAGGAGACUCCAUGUUUAGUAUGUUGCUAUUUGUGUGGUUUAAAAAUAUAUAUAUAUAUAUAUAUAAAAUAUAGGGGUGUGUGUGUGUAUGUGUCUGUGUGUGUGUCAAAGGAUACAUGAGAAUUUGGUAACAGUGGUUGUCUGCAGUGAGGGGAACUGGUAGUCUAGAGGACAACGGUGGGAGACUGUAAUUUUGGAAUAUUUUUUACCAUGUGCAUGUAAUACCUCUUCAAUUUUAGUUUUUUAAAUUAUGUUGUGUUUCCAGGAAUUGGUAAUGAAGAACAAAAACAAAAGUCUAAUAGUUGUAAACAGUUAUCAAAUGAUUACUCCAAUACUGUUUAAUUUUAGAUUUUGCUAGAGGUCUUCUAAUCCAGUGCUUCCCAUUGAUGUUAUGUGGCUCACUGGAGGGUGGCCCUAGUGGAGUGGGAUCUGAAGGAAGACUGUGGGGUUCCUUUGACAGAUAACACGAUGAGCAACAACCCGCAGUUACUGCUCCUUUUGAUAUUUUCAACGCAUUAGAGGAGGUGCUUUAUUAUUUGGAAUCUACUUCAGCUAACUACAGAGUAUGCAACUGCCUCUUGUGGAGAAGGGAUCAUGGAGCUACUAUUGGAGUUUAUAUUCCCGGUGCCUGAUGAGCAUGUCACACAGCACAAGAUGUAGUCCGCUGUCAAUGAGAGCAGAGGGUAGCAGGGAUGUUGGUUGCCCUGGGAAGUCCAGCUCUAGGCCUGAAUUUCUUUCUGUAUUCACCUGUAUUGGAUUUCCUAGUCAUGUGUAUCUGAUGUGUCAUUUAGCUUGCUGCAAGAUGACUGCUAAUAGUGCAUGUAUGUUCUGCAAAAAUAAACACCGUUGUUAUUUUGAAAUAUUGUUCCUGAUGUGAAAAAGGUUGGAUUUGAAAUUAAUUCAUAUUACUACAAACCUCAUUUAAAUUUUAAUUUUCUUCUAUAAUCAUGUAAAGGAAAUGUGAUAAUUUUUUCACAAAAUACUGUGUUGAUGCCUCCAAAUGCUCUUCUGUUGGUCUGUGUGCCGAACAAAUAUUAUUUACAAUGUGAAAAAGAUUGGGAAACACAGUUCUGGUCAAAUCUUCUCAUUUUAUAUAAAGAAAACUGGAAUCUAGGUAGGUAAGCUCAGAGAUCUGUCCAGUGUCCAAUAGUUGCUUGUGUGGGCUAGGUCUGAAAACUGGGAAUCUUGACUCUCAGCUCUCACUGGCUCCCCAAAUCUAAGGGGAAAUUAGAGAAAGGCAUUGAUGGUAAUUGAAAGGCGAACAUACUGUACCUUAGAGGAAUUAUGAGAAGACCCACAUGUGCACAGUUUAGAAAUCUUUAAGGGCCUACAGUGUCCAAUAGUGCUUAGAAUCUUCCUGUAGAAUAGGUUAUAGUGGGAUUUGUUUUGUGAUGACUGUAGCUAUCUUCUUUAAAAAAUAUAUAGUAAAGGCUAGAGUAUAGUAAGAGGAAUUUAGGACAAAAUAAACAAAAAUUGAUACUAGAGGUAUGUGUAUUUAGUUUUCCAAAGAAAAAGAGAAUGUAUCAGGAGGCCUUUCAAGUUCCUCUGGUGCUUUAAUUUUCUCUCACCUUGUUUUUGAUUGGAUUAGAAUUUGUUCAAUAAAAAAAAUGAAAAGUGAUUCAGGUUUAAGGAGGUUGGGGUUAAAUAGACUUCAAAGGGUGUUGUCAUUAACCCUAGACAUUUCAAAGAAAUACUUAGCAACUUAGUAAGAUAUGGGAUAUGGUAUAUUGUAUGUUACAUUGGUACCUGGCUGCCAUUUCAAUGCCACAGUGAUACUAAAUAAGAGAGGAAAUAAUGAAUGUUAAGGUGCAGUAAACUUUGGGUAAAAUGUGCUAAUUAAUAGUUUCCAGGUAAGAUACAAAUAGGGAAGGAGGAGUAGGUGUCUUAGGCAAUUAAAACAAAGCUCCACUGUUAAAACAUAAAGUAAAUACAUUUUUGAGAUCAAAACAAAUCAUAAGUAAAAAUCAAACCCUCUUAAUAACAAUCUAUUUAACCUUUUGGUGUGCAGGUGUGGUUUUUAUUUUUGUUGCUUUUUGGGUUUUUUUUUGUUUUUGCCAUUUCUUUUAAGUUUUUUCACAUGAUCGUCUAUAUUUCUUCCAGUUGUCUGUAACUUUUUAAAUAUUUUUUCAAUGAAAAAUAUUUUGUUAAUUAGUAUUGGCAAACUGGACUGUUUUCUGCAGCAGAAAUUGAAUAUAUGCCUAGCACAGUAAAUUCUGAGAAAAAAGGGUAGUAAUUGUCAUUGUAAAUGUUAGGGUUUUUGUUUUUGUUUUUUUGGUCCAAUUCUAUUUUCUUUUUAGAUGAUAGUUGUGGGAAAUACUAAGAAUUUGAGGUCAAUUUCCUUGGGGGUAGUUAUUUAAUUUUCUUUGGGUUGAGAGAGCAUUUACUAUAUAAACGAUUCAAUAAUGAAAGAAAGCGUGUUACCUCAAAAUGCUUGUGUAAUAUAUAACAGUAUAACGAGAGUUUUCUAUUUUUCUUCCAUUUAUUACGAUUACCAAGGAAGUAUAAUUAUAAUUAAAAGAAAUAUUUUAUUUUGCAUAUAUAUUUACACUUCAAAGCAAUUUAUAUAUUAAAUUAGGUUUUGUUUGAGAUGGUGAAAUGAAAGAUUUUGUGAGUAAGAAUACAUGUUGAUAUGUGAAAAAAUGUGAAGUUAAAACAUGUUGGCAUACUCCUAGUUUCUCAGAACAAGAAAAUGACUAAUCUAAAUUUCAUUUCAGAAUAAAAACCAAGACAAGCCACAUAAAAGCAACCUAAAAAUUAAACUGUCAUCAUAUUAUUUGUUUUAAAACUAUGGAAUAAUAUAUCUGAGGAAGAUUUCUCUCAAAAUUGUUUUUCUCAAUUUCAAGUCAGAAGACAUGUCUUCAUCUACAUGGCAUCUUUCCUUACCUCUAUGUGCCAUACGAUGGUUAUGGACAGCAGCCAGAAAGCUAUCUUUCUCAGAUGGCAUUCAGUAUCGACAGAGCACUUAAUGUGGCUUUAGGCAAUCCAUCUUCCACUGCUCAGCACGUGUUCAAAGUGUCAUUAGUAUCAGGAAUGCCUUUUUAUGGUUAUCAUGAGAAGGAAAGACACUUUAUGAAGAUCUAUCUUUACAAUCCAGCAAUGGUGAAAAGGAUAUGUGAACUUUUGCAAAGUGGAGCCAUAAUGAAUAAAUUUUACCAGCCUCAUGAAGCGCAUAUUCCCUACCUCCUACAGCUGUUCAUUGACUACAAUCUCUAUGGAAUGAAUUUAAUUAAUCUGGCUGCUGUCAAGUUCCGAAAAGCAAGAAGGAAAAGUGAUUCGAUGCGUACAACUGGAUCUUGCAAGGAUCAGCUACCAGGAAAUUGUCUUACUGGUACUUUAUUUCGGUGGGAAGAAGAUGAAAUACCAAGCUCUUUAAUACUGGAAGGUGUUGAACCACGGAGUACAUGUGAAUUAGAAGUGGAUGCUGUCGCUGCUGAUAUCUUAAAUCGGCUAGACAUUGAAGCUCAAAUUGGUGGAAACCCUGGUCUCCAGGCCAUAUGGGAAGAUGAAAAGCAACGGCGAAGAAACAGAAAUGAAACUUCUCAAAUUAGCCAACCCGAAUCACAAGAUCGCAGGUUUGUGCCAGCAACAGAAAGUGAAAAAAUUUUUCAGAAGAGACUUCAGGAAAUUCUCAAACAGAAUGAUUUCUCUGUAACAUUAUCAGGAUCUGUGGACUACAGCGAUGGAUCUCAGGAGUUCUCUGCUGAGUUAACAUUGCACUCUGAAGUUCUGUCUCCUGAUAUUCUUCAGUGUACGCCAGCUAAUCUGGUAGAAGUCCACAAAGAUACAGAGUUGAGCAAAGGUCACACUAUACACAAAGUGGAGGAAGCUCUUAUUAAUGAAGAAGCAAUUUUGAACCUCAUGGAAAAUAGUCAGACUUUUCAGCCUUUGACCCAAAGACUGAGUGAGUCACCAGUUUUCUUGGACAGUAGUCCUGAUGAGGCUCUGGUACAUCUUCUUGCUGGUUUGGAAAAUGAUGGAUAUCAGGCAGGAAGAAAUAGGAUGCCAUCACAACGUCAUUUCUUUGGAAACCCUAAAAAUUCCCAAAAUAGUGAUGAUGAAGAAAAUGAACCACAGAUUGAAAAAGAGGAAAUGGAGCUUAGUUUGGUGAUGUCUCAGAGAUGGGACAGCAAUAUUGAAGAACCUUGUGCCAAAAAGAGAUCACUGUGUAGAAAUAACCAUAGAAGCUCAACUGAAGAAGAUGAUUCGUCUUCAGAAGAAGAAAUGGAAUGGAGUAAUAACAGUUUGCUUCUAGCCAAUCUUUCUAUACCUCAGUUAGAUGGAACUGCAGAUGAAAAUAGUGACAAUCCAUUGAACAACGAAAAUUCUAGAACUCACUCUUCUGUGAUUGCAACGAGCAAGCUAUCAGUAAAACCUUCCAUCUUUCACAAAGAUGCUGCUACAUUAGAACCCCCAUCUUCUGCUAAGAUUACCUUUCAGUGUAAACACACAAGUGCCCUUUCUUCCCAUGUUUUAAACAAGGAAGAUUUAAUUGAAGAACUCCCACAGCCAAACAAUAUAGAAAAAUGUCUAGAUCAUUCAGUUGCUUCUUUUACAAAUGAAAGCACUUACUCUAUGAAAUACCCUGGAUCUUUAAGCAGUUCUGUCCAUUCAGAAAACUCUCAUAAAGAAAGUAGUAAGAAAGAUAUCCUCCCAGUAUCUUCCUGUGAAAGUAGUAUUUUUGAUUAUGAAGAAGAUAUCCCAUCUGUUACAAGACAAGCACCAAGUAGAAAGUAUACAAACAUUAGAAAAAUUGAUAAGGAUGCCCCUUUUAUCCAUAUGAACCGUCAUAGUAGUGAAAGUACAUUGGGCAAAAAUUCUUUCAACUUUUCUGACCUUAGUCAUUCAAAAAGUAAAUUAUCCUCUGAAGGAAAUGAAAAAGGAAACAGCACAGCUCUGAAUAGUUUAUUCCCUUCAUCAUUAACUGAAAAUUGUGAAUUGCUAUCAUGCUCAGGAGAGAAUAGAACUAUGGUACAUUCUCUUGAUAGCAUUGCUGAUGAAAGUGGGCUAAAUAAACUUAAAAUUAGAUAUGAAGAGUUUCAAGAACAUAAAACUGAAAAGCCAAGCCUCAGCCAGCAAGCAGCACAUUAUAUGUUUUUUCCCAGUGUUGUUCUUUCUAACUGUCUCAGUAGACCACAGAAACUCUCGCCUGUAACAUACAAACUACAAUCCAGCAGUAAACAGUCCCGAUUAAAAAUAAAUAAAAAGAAGCUCAUAGGUCAUCAAGAGACUUCUACCAAAACUAGUGAGACUGUAUCCACAAAAGAUAAUUGUAUACAAAAUAAUCCCUGUAAUAGUAAUCCUGAGAAGGAUAAUGUAUUGGCCAAUGAUUUAAUUAAAGUCACUCGUGGAGCUUUUGAAAAUAAAACCCCCACAGACGGUUUUAUAGACUGUCACUUUGGAGAUGGAACCUUAGAAACUGAGCAGUCCUUUGGAUUGUAUGGAAAUAAAUACACACUGAGAGCGAAACGCAAGGUGAAUUAUGAGACUGAAGAUAGUGAGUCAAGUUUUGUAACACACAACUCAAAAAUUAGCCUACCUCAUCCCAUGGAAAUUGGUGAAAGUUUAGAUGGAACUCUCAAAUCUCGAAAACGAAGAAAAAUGUCUAAAAAGUUGCCCCCUGUCAUCAUAAAAUAUAUUAUUAUUAAUAGAUUUAGAGGGAGAAAAAAUAUGCUUGUGAAGCUAGGAAAAAUAGACUCUAAAGAAAAACAAGUUAUAUUGACAGAGGAAAAAAUGGAACUAUAUAAGAAGCUUGCACCUUUGAAGGAUUUUUGGCCAAAAGUUCCUGACUCCCCUGCAACCAAAUAUCCCAUUUAUCCACUAACACCAAAGAAAAGUCACAGAAGAAAAUCAAAACAUAAGUCUGCAAAGAAAAAAACUGGUAAGCAACAAAGGACAAAUAGUGAAAAUAUUAAAAGAACUUUGUCUUUCAGGAGAAAACGGUCACAUGCUAUCCUGUCUCCUCCCUCACCAUCCUACAAUGCUGAAACCGAAGACUGUGACUUAAAUUAUAGUGACGUUAUGUCUAAACUAGGUUUUCUUUCUGAGAGAAGCACAAGUCCCAUAAAUUCUUCUCCCCCUCGCUGCUGGUCUCCCACAGAUCCAAGAGCUGAAGAAAUGAUGGCUGCUGCAGAUAAAGAAGCAAUGCUUUUUAAGGGUCCUAAUGCAUGUAAUAACAAGACUGUUAAUUCCCGUAUGGAAAAAAAUAGUCGAGCAAGAGUGCAGGUUAAGAAAUCCAAAACUAAGCUUGUUAAUCCUUCUGUAGUUACUAAGAAAAGGAACAAACGAAAUCAGACAAAUAAAUUAGGAGAUGAUGGAAAAAAGAAACCGAGAGCAAAACAGAAACAAAAAACAAAUGAGAAAGGUAUGUCAAGAAAGCACAUAAUGAAAGAUGAAAAAAUUAAAUCUCAGUCUGGUGCUGAAGUUAAGUUUGUGCUGAAACAUCAGAAUGUGUCUGAGACCUCAAAUAGUUCUGGAGGCUCUCAACUACUUUUUAAACAGAAAGAUGUGUCACUAAUGAGCUCUGCUGUAGAUCUUCCCCUUUCUGCUCCCCUGCCCACUGGAAUUCAUGCACAACAGAAUUUAUCUGGCUGCUUUUCUUCUUUCUUAGAAAGCAAGAAGCCUGAUUUACAAACAUUCCCCAGCUCACGAGAUGAUUUGCAUUCAUCAGUUGUUUGUAGUUCUUUGGGACCUGGAAUCUCAAAAAUUAAUGUCCAGAGGUCUCACAAUCAAAGUGCUAUGUUUACUCUAAAGGAAUCAACUUUGAUUCAAAAAAACAUAUUUGAUCUUUCCAACCAUUUAUCUCAGGUAGCCCAGAAUACACAGAUAUCUUCGGGUAUAAUGUCUCCAAAGACGGAAGAGAAUGCAAAUACACAAAAAAACUAUUUGUCAUCCAUCGGAAAGUUAAAUGAAUAUCGUAAUUCUUUAGACUCAAAGCCAGACCAGGCAUAUGCCCCUAACUUUUUGCAUUGCAAAGACAGUCAGCAGCAGAUUGUGUGCAUGGCAGAACAGUCAAAGCACAGUGAAACUUGUACUCCAGGAAAUGCAUCUUCAGAGGAAAGCCAAAUGCCUAAUAAUUGCUUUGUAACUUCCUUGAGAAGUCCAAUCAAACAAAUAGCAUGGGAGCAAAAACAAAGGGGCUUUAUUUUAGAUAUGUCAAAUUUUAAACCUGAAAGGGUAAAACAGAGGUCAUUGUCAGAAGCAAUUUCACAAACCAAAGCACUUUCUCAGUGUAAAAGUCGAAAUGUGUCAACACCUUCAGCAUUUGGUGAAGGCCAGUCUGGACUGGCAGUUCUAAAAGAAUUGUUACAGAAGAGACAGCAAAAAGCACAAAAUGCAAAUAUUAUGCAAGACCCAUCAUCUAGUAAACCUCAACCAAACAAAAAUAUUUCUGGCUCCCUUGAGCAAAACAGAACAAUUAAACGAACACGAUCAGUAACAUCUUCAAGAAAACCUCGAACUCCUAGAAGUACAAAACCUAAAGAAAAAAUUCCCAAACUUCUUAAAGUAGACUCUCUCAAUUUACAGAACUCUGGCCAGGUGGAUAACUCUCUAUCGGAUGACAGUCCCAUUUUUUUUUCAGAUCCAGGUUUUGAGAGUUGUUAUUCACUUGAAGAUAGCUUGUCUCCUGAACAUAAUUAUAAUUUUGAUAUUAAUGCAAUAGGUCAAACUGGAUUUUGUAGCUUUUAUUCUGGAAGUCAGUUUGUCCCUGCUGAUCAGAAUUUGCCACAGAAGUUCCUAAGUGAUGCAGUUCAGGAUCUUUUCCCAGGACAAACGAUAGAAAAAAGUGAGUUUUUAAGUCAUGAUAACCAGAAGUGUGAUGAAGACAAAAAACAUCAUGCCUCAGACUCAACCUCAUGGAUGAGAUCAGGUACGCUAAGUCCUGAACUAUUUGAGAAGUCAUCCGUAGAUAGCAAUGAGAAUCAUCGCCACAACCAGUGGAAAAGUAGCUUUCAUCCUCUAACAGCUCGCUCUAAUUCAAUAAUGGAUUCUUUCUGUGUCCAGCAGACAGAGGACUGUCUGAACGAAAAAUCCAGAUUGAAUAGGAGUUCAGUAAGCAAAGAAGUGUUUCUUAGCUUCUCACAGCCAGGCACUUCAGACUGGAUUCAAGGUCAUACCAGAAAAGAGAUGCAACAGUCUCUUGACUCAGUCAGUGCCUCUUUUACUACAAUACUAUCCUCCCCUGAUGGUGAACUUGUGGAUGUAGCCUCUGAAGAUUUAGAAUUGUAUGUUUCAAGAAACAAUGAUAUAUUGACACCAACUCCUGAUAGUUCACCAAGGUCUACCAGCUCUCCCUCACAAUCUAAAAAUGGCAGUUUUACCCCUCGAACUGCUCACAUUUUGAAGCCACUUAUGUCCCCGCCAAGUAGGGAAGAAAUUAUGGCAACUUUGUUGGAUCAUGAUCUUUCAGAAACUAUUUACCAGGAACCAUUUUGCAGCAAUCCUUCUGAUGUACCAGAAAGGCCCAGGGAAAUUGGUGGACAGCUUCUCAUGGUAGAAACUCGACUUCCAAAUGAUCUGGCUGAGUUUGAGGGAGACUUUUCCUUGGAAGGACUUCGUCUGUGGAAAACAGCAUUCUCAGCAAUGACUCAGAAUCCACGACCAGGGUCACCCCUUCGCAAUGGCCAGGCAGUGGUCAAUAAAGGGUCAAGUAAUAGCUGUAAAAUGGUUGAAGAUAAAAAAAUUGUGAUUAUGCCUUGCAAAUGUGCCCCAAGUCGACAACUGGUUCAAGCAUGGCUUCAAGCCAAAGAAGAAUACGAACGUUCCAAGAAACUGUCUAAAACUGAGCCAGCUGGAGUCAUAAAAUCUGCUGAGAACUUCAGCUCUUCAGUUAACCCAGAUGACAGACCUGUAGUGCCUCCAAAAAUGAGUACAACUCCACAUAUACUCCCCACUACAGCACAUACCAAGGAAGAUGUUGAUACUUCUCAGAUUGCUUUACAAGCGCUAACCACAGGAUGUAGUCGAACUGUAAGUGAAAGUCAGACACUGCCACCAGUUGCUUCUGCAAAUGAUCCUGAGAAAGGUGAAGAUGAUGAUGAUGACUAUUAUGUUAGUUACAGCUCCCCUGAUUCUCCAGUAAUUCCGCCUUGGCAACAAGCAGCAUCCCCAGAUUCUAAAAUAUUAGAUGGAGAGGAGAGACCCUCAUCACAAGUAGAGGAACUACAUUCCCUGACUAUUGAGAACUUCUUAAAACCAGUAAAAGAUGAUAUAGAGAAAAGCCCCUGCACUGAGCCUUUGGAGCCUCUAGUGAUAUCUCCAAUUAAUGUUAGGGCAAGAACCGGAAUAUGUGAAUCACUUUGCCUUCAUAGUACACCAAUUAUACAGAGAAAACUUCUAGAAAGGCUUCCUGAAGCAAGUAGCCUGAGCCCUUUGUCAACAGAACCAAAAACCCAGAAAUUGAGUCAUAAGAAAGGAAGUAAUACUGACACUCUUAGAAGAGUACUCUUAACACAAGCAAAGAAUCAAUUUGCAGCAAUAAAUACCCCAAAGAAAGAAACUUCUCAGAUUGAUGGACCAUCUUUAAACAAUUCUUAUGGUUUCAAAGUCAGCGUACAAAACUUACAGGAGGCAAAAGCUUUACAUGAGAUACAAAAUCUUACCCUAAUCAGUGUGGAGUUACAUGCUCGAACUAGACGAGACUUAGAACCAGAUCCUGAAUUUGACCCAAUCUGUGCUCUGUUUUACUGCAUUUCAUCUGACACUCCACUACCAGAUACAGACAAAACAGAACUCACAGGUGUAAUAGUGAUUGAUAAAGACAAGCCUGUCUCCAGCCAAGAUAUCAGGUAUCAGACCCCAUUACUGAUUAGAUCUGGAAUUACAGGACUAGAAGUUACCUAUGCACCUGAUGAGAAGGCACUUUUUCAAGAAAUUGCAAAUAUAAUAAAAAGGUAUGAUCCUGAUAUUCUGCUAGGAUAUGAAAUUCAGAUGCAUUCCUGGGGUUACCUCUUACAAAGGGCUGCUGCCUUAAGUGUUGAUUUAUGUCAGAUGAUCUCUCGGGUGCCAGAUGACAAAGUUGAGAACAGAUUUGCAGCUGAAAGAGAUGACUAUGGAUCAGAAACAAUGAGUGAGAUAAAUAUUGUUGGCCGAAUUACACUAAAUCUUUGGAGAAUCAUGAGAAAUGAGGUGGCUCUAACUAACUACACCUUUGAAAAUGUGAGCUUUCAUGUUCUUCAUCAGCGUUUUCCCCUCUUUACCUUUCGAGUCUUAUCAGAUUGGUUUGAUAACAAGACAGAUCUGUACAGAUGGAAAAUGGUUGAUCACUACAUUAGCCGUGUCCGUGGAAAUCUCCAAAUGUUAGAACAGCUGGACUUGAUUGGGAAAACCAGUGAAAUGGCUAGACUCUUUGGCAUUCAGUUUUUACAUGUACUCACAAGGGGUUCACAGUACCGUGUGGAAUCAAUGAUGUUGCGUAUUGCCAAACCAAUGAACUAUAUUCCUGUGACACCUAGUGUUCAGCAAAGAUCCCAAAUGAGAGCCCCUCAGUGUGUUCCCCUAAUUAUGGAGCCUGAAUCCCGCUUCUACAGCAAUUCUGUUCUCGUUUUGGAUUUCCAGUCACUAUAUCCUUCGAUUGUGAUUGCAUAUAACUACUGCUUUUCCACCUGCCUUGGCCAUGUGGAGAACUUGGGAAAGUAUGAUGAGUUCAAAUUUGGCUGUACCUCUCUAAGAGUACCUCCAGAUUUACUUUACCAAAUUAGGCAUGAUAUCACAGUGUCCCCCAAUGGAAUAGCUUUUGUCAAGCCUUCAGUAAGAAAGGGUGUGCUACCAAGAAUGCUUGAAGAAAUUUUGAAGACUAGACUCAUGGUGAAGCAGUCCAUGAAGGCUUACAAGCAGGACAGAGCCCUUUCACGAAUGCUCGAUGCACGUCAGCUAGGACUUAAGCUUAUAGCAAAUGUCACAUUUGGCUAUACAGCUGCAAAUUUUUCUGGGAGAAUGCCAUGCAUUGAGGUUGGUGAUAGUAUUGUUCACAAAGCCAGAGAGACCUUGGAACGAGCUAUUAAACUGGUGAAUGAUACCAAGAAAUGGGGUGCCAGGGUUGUAUAUGGAGAUACUGACAGUAUGUUUGUGCUACUGAAAGGAGCUACUAAGGAGCAGUCUUUUAAGAUUGGUCAGGAAAUUGCUGAAGCUGUAACUGCUACCAAUCCUAAACCAGUGAAAUUGAAGUUUGAAAAGGUAUAUUUGCCCUGUGUCUUACAAACAAAAAAGAGGUAUGUGGGUUACAUGUAUGAAACACUGGAUCAAAAGGACCCGGUAUUUGAUGCAAAAGGAAUAGAAACCGUCAGAAGAGAUUCCUGCCCUGCUGUUUCUAAGAUACUUGAGCGUUCUCUAAAGCUGCUAUUUGAAACAAGAGACAUAAGUUUAAUUAAACAGUAUGUUCAGCGACAGUGUAUGAAGCUUCUAGAAGGAAAAGCCAGCAUCCAAGAUUUUAUCUUUGCCAAGGAAUACAGAGGAAGUUCCUCUUACAAACCUGGAGCUUGUGUGCCAGCCCUUGAACUUACAAGGAAAAUGCUUACUUAUGAUCGGCGCUCUGAGCCUCGAGUUGGAGAGCGAGUGCCAUACGUCAUCAUUUAUGGGGCUCCUGGAAUACCACUUAUCCAGUUGGUGAAGCGCCCAGUGGAAGUGCUGCAGGACCCGACUCUGAGACUGAAUGCCACUUACUAUAUCACCAAGCAGAUCCUUCCACCCCUGGCAAGAAUCUUCUCACUUAUUGGUAUUGAUGUCUUCAGCUGGUAUCAUGAAUUACCCAGGAUACAGAAAGCCACCAGCUCCUCUCGAAGCGAACUUGAAGGGCGGAAAGGCACUAUUUCACAGUAUUUCACUACUUUGCACUGUCCUGUGUGUGAUGACCUGACUCAGCAUGGCAUCUGUGGUAAAUGUCGGAGCCAACCUCAGCAUGUUGCAGUCAUCCUCAACCAAGAAAUUCGGGAGUUGGAACGUAAACAGGAGCAACUUGUAAAGAUAUGCAAGAACUGUACAGGGUGCUUUGAUCGACAUAUCCCGUGUGUAUCUCUGAAUUGCCCCGUACUUUUCAAACUCUCCCGAGUAAAUAGAGAAUUAUCCAAGGCACCAUAUCUCCGGCAAUUACUAGACCAGUUUUAAAUUGUCAGUAUCACAGAAUUCCAGGUGCUAUUUUUUCAGUGUUUACCACUAAACUGUUGUGCAUGGUGCUUUUUCAACUUUCAUCGAGUCAAGUAUGUUCACUGUCUAUUUAAUCUGAAGACUAUGAAGGCUUUUAUGCUAACUGAAUUAAAAAUUGUUCUUAUCGAUCUCUGAAUAGCUCACUUCUUACAAUGUACAAAGUCUCCAUCCUUACACCUUUUUAACAUUGUUUUAUAACGUAUGUGUUGAAUUUGCUCCGGUAUGUGUAACAUCUUGUAAAUCCAUUUGCGUAGAUCAUACUGACUUCCCUGUGGAAGGAGCACUGAAAACCUCUUUAAAAAAAAAAAAAAAAAAAAGACAAAAGAAAAAAAAAAAACCCAUUCGUGUGUUUUCCUUGAACUGUCUGUAUCAAGACGUGUUACUUAGAGAUACUCAUUCACUUUAUAAUUUUGACUGCGAAAUAUUUUGUAAAUACACUUUUUUACUUUUCAGACAACUGAGUAAAAUAAUGUGCAAUGAAUUUUAUACAAAUGAUUUUCAAGUUGUUAGGUAUAUUUCCUCUAGGUUUUGCUUGACUCAGAGUAGAGUUGUUAUUUUGAUCAAACUGUGCAAACAGUAGUACCAUGUGUAGCAUUUUGAAACCUUAUUUUCUAAAACCGCUGUCUUGCUUUAGCUAUUAAUGGGGCAUUGUGAGGAACUGUGCAAAGACAUUUUUGUUACAAACCUGUGGGCCUGUUGCAAUACUUUAAAAAUAAAAAUUUUAUUCCAUUUUUGCUUGUUUUGUAUAGACAUUUCUAUUGCUUCUAAAUAUGCUUAAAAUAUUUUCUUUCCUUAUGUACUGUACAGUUAAUCUUAUUUGCCAUCAUCUUGAACACAAAAUGUGUAUUUAGAAUAUUUGUAUAACUGUAUAAAAUUAAAAAGGAAUUAUGUGGUCAGUGCAUUGUUUUCUAAACUGGAAACCAUUUUGUUUUAAAAGUUAAUAAUGGAAACCAUAUUAAAAUUGAAUAAAAUAUGAAAUAUGGCAGUGUGA